AUGGAUAAGCGGUGUGACGAUCAACAGUAUUGAAGGGAAGAUAAUGUUGAAAUCCUACCAUGAAAACCUGGCGUGUCUCUCCACUUCUGAGAUCUCGGUUUGGCAAAACCAUCCUGCUGUCACUAUGUGUUCUUGUGUUGGUUGUCUUCUCCAACCUGUUCUAUGGUUUCAGUAUACUGACAAAAAACUCGCCUAUGAAUUGGACAUCUAGACCCAACUACUUUCGGAUGCUUCAACACAUGCCCAACAAAUUAAUGAGGAAAUCUGCAAGUCGGACAGAACAGAUAUGUCGCCAUCCAAGACUGUCACUUUUUCAGGAUUCUAUACAGAGUGCUUUUCAUCCCAUGGAUCCAUUAGUUUGUAUAGGGAAAAAUUUGUUUUAUUUUGAGAAAGGAAUUCUUCGUAUGAAUGACACUGUUUUACACCCAUUGGAUGGGUAUACCCAUCAUGAAUUUAGAGAGUCAAAAGCGAAUUUUUCGGAAGAUGGAACAAGAACUAUUCGGAAAUGUUUAUAUCGAGGUAUUGAAAGAGUCACAGAUGAUUAUUAUACAUACACAAAAACAAUUGUCAAGGAAAAGCCGCCAUUUAGUCUACUGGUAGAACAUGAUUUUAUGUCAGUGAAAUGUUUUUAUCAUCAUCCAGAAGAUGAAGAAAAGGAAACGGAUUCAGAUGAGAAAAAGAAAUCAGAAGAAAAGAACCUGUCAGGUUUGGCAGAUGAGAAAACAGAAAAUGAUUUUAGGCCUGUAGAAUUCGACGAAAUGAACCAUGAACAUUUUCAUGAUAUGGAUGAAUCUUUAAAUGAGCAUGGUAAGGAUGCUUUGUUUGGUAGUAACUAUGAACAUGAAUUUGAUGGGAACUUUUCCUAUGAAAACUGGCAUUCCUGGAAUGACUAUCAUGUAGAUCUAGACGAACAGGAGGUGGCAGAUUUUGAUCAGUUUUUAGUACAGGUACAUCCAAAACCAAAUGUCUUUCAGAGAAUUCAGAACAGCAAAUGGAACAAACAUUCAACUCGUAUGAAUGUCCUUAUCCUUGGUUUGGAUUCAAUGUCUCACCUGUCCUACCAACGAAAGCUGCCAAACACCUACCGCUACCUCAGGGAUCACCUAGACAUGGUCAUUCUGGACGCUUAUAACAUUGUGGGAGAUGCUACUACAGCUGCCUUGAUACCAAUACUGACAGGUAAGACAGAAGUGGAGCUACCAGAAGUAAGGAUGAAUCAUGAUGAUGCUGUCAGUGUAGACAAGUACCCGAUGAUCUGGAAUGAUUUCCGGGACCAAGGUUAUGUAACAUUGUUUGCAGAGGAUGAGCCAAGCAUAAGUGCCUUUAAUUUACGAUUAAGUGGAUUUGAAAACCAGCCAACAGAUCAUUACAUGCGUCCAUUUUGGCAGGCCAUCUGGGGGUCGCAGCUUCGUGAGAAUAGUGUUCGAUAUUGUACAGGAGCCAAGCCCCAUCACACCUACACUCUGGACUAUGUGAAAGACUUCUUUGUCAAGUACAACAAUGUGUCUAAGUUUGCGUUUGCUUUCAUGUCUGAAUUAACCCAUUGGGAUAAUAAUCCAGGUGAAUAUGUUGACAACGAUUUGUUGAAGUUUUUGAAAUAUUUUGAAAAAUCUGGUUAUCUCGAUAACACAUUGCUCCUGCUAAUGGCAGAUCAUGGUGCUCGCUAUAGUCGUGUCCGGCACACAACAGGGAAAUUGGAGGAAAGACUGCCAAUGUUUGCCAUUAGAUUGCCUCCUAAAUAUCAAACAUUCCAUCCAAAGUUGACGCAGAAUCUACGCAGGAACUCUAAAAAGCUCACAACUCCAUUUGAUAUUCAUGAAACAUUAAGGGACGUGUUGGAUUUGUCCCGGGUCGGUAAAUCCACUUCUCCGUACAGUAGAGGUAUUAGUUUGUUGCAGCAGAUUCCAGCCAACAGGACAUGCUCCAUGGCCCGAAUUGACGUUCACUGGUGUACUUGUCUGCUGCAAGAGAACAGGGAUGUCAAAAGUGACCAUGUACAAAAAGCAGCCAAUGAAAUCCUUUCUUACAUAAACCAGUUGACCGAGCCGGUCAGGUCAGAAUGUGCCAUAUUAAAAGUGAAGGAAAUCAUACUGGCCUACCUUAUGAUUCCAAAUGAAAAGGUGCUGACCUACCUGAGGUCGAGGGACACUGACAACAGAGUAGCCAACUUUAGUCAAGAAGCCACCGUAGAUAUUGUACAUUACCAAAUUACCUUAGUCACCCUGCCAAACAACGGGAUGUACGAAUCUACCAUUCUAAUGAAUGUAACUGAUGGAAGGAUCAAGGUAAAUCCGGAGAUGAUAAGUCGUUUGGAUUUGUAUGGUAACCAGCCUGCCUGUGUACAACGCCGCUACCCUGACCUACGAAAAUAUUGUUACUGUAACCAGCUCCUGUUACAGCGAAACACAACCCAUCAUAUAGGCUGACUGUAUACAACCCAACCGAAACACACCCCAUCAUAUAGGCCUGACUGUAUACAACCACAGCGAAACACAAACCAUCAUAUAGGCUGACUGUAUACAACCACGACGAAACACAACCCAUCAUAUAGGCUGACUGUAUACAACCACGGCGAAACACAACCCAUCAUAUAGGCUGACUGUAUACAACCACGACGAAACACAACCCAUCAUAUAGGCCGACUGUAUACAACCACGGCGAAACACAACCCAUCAUAUAGGCCGACUGUAUACAACCACGGCGAAACACAACCCAUCAUAUAGGCCGACUGUAUACAACCACGGCGAAACACAACCCAUCAUAUAGACUGACUGUAUACAACCACAGCGAAACACAACCCAUCAUAUAGGCCGACUGUAUACAACCACGGCGAAACACAACCCAUCAUAUAGGCUGACUGUAUACAACCACAGCGAAACACAACCCAUCAUAUAGGCCGACUGUAUACAACCACGGCGAAACACAACCCAUCAUAUAGGCUGACUGUAUACAACCCAACCGAAACACAACCCAUCAUAUAGGCCGACUGUAUACAACCACGACGAAACACAACCCAUCAUAUAGGCUGACUGUAUACAACCACGGCGAAACACAACCCAUCAUAUAGGCCGACUGUAUACAACCACGACGAAACACAACCCAUCAUAUAGGCUGACUGUAUACAACCCAACCGAAACACAACCCAUCAUAUAGGCCGACUGUAUACAACCACGACGAAACACAACCCAUCAUAUAGGCUGACUGUAUACAACCCAACCGAAACACAACCCAUCAUAUAGGCUGACUGUAUACAACCCAACCGAAACACAACCCAUCAUAUAGGCUGUAUACAACCACGACGAAACACAACCCAUCAUAUAGGCUGACUGUAUACAACCACGGCGAAACACAACCCAUCAUAUAGGCCGACUGUAUACAACCACGACGAAACACAACACAUCAUAUAGGCUGACUGUAUACAACCACGGCGAAACACAACCCAUCAUAUAGGCCGACUGUAUACAACCACGGCGAAACACAACCCAUCAUAUAGGCCGACUGUAUACAACCACGACGAAACACAACCCAUCAUAUAGGCCAACUGUAUACAACCACGGCGAAACACAACCCAUCAUAUAGACUGACUGUAUACAACCACGGCGAAACACAACCCAUCAUAUAGGCUGACUGUAUACAACCACGACGAAACACAACCAAUCAUAAAGGCUGACUGUAUACAACCACGGCGAAACACAACCCAUCAUAUAGGCUGACUGUAUACAACCACGACGAAACACAACCCAUCAUAUAGGCCGACUGUAUACAACCACGGCGAAACACAACCCAUCAUAUAGGCUGUAUACAACCACGACGAAACACAACCCAUCAUAUAGACUGACUGUAUACAACCACGGCGAAACACAACCCAUCAUAUAGGCCGACUGUAUACAACCACGGCGAAACACAACCCAUCAUAUAGGCCGACUGUAUACAACCACGGCGAAACACAA